AUGCGCCGCGAGGUGAGGAGCACUAAUGAACCUCACAAGAUGCUAUUGUCUACCCGCGCCAGCUCCGUGCCCCGCAGCCACGAGGAGCUCAGCAAGAGCCUGCGCAAAACCGCCUCGCUCCUCAGCAGCAAUGUGGCCUCGGGGGCUGCCCGCAGAACUGUGCGAGUCUAUAAAGGCAACAGAAGCUUUGGCUUCACGCUACGUGGCCAUGCCCCGGUGUGGAUUGAGUCUGUGCUGCCCGGGAGCCCAGCAGAGAAGGCUGCCCUCAAGGCUGGAGACCGGAUCCUGUUCCUCAACGGCCUGGACAUGAGGAACUGCUCCCAUGACAAGGUGGUGUCGAUGCUGCAGGGCAGUGGGGCGAUGCCCACCUUGGUGGUGGAAGAGGGGAUCGUCAACUUCUCCAGUGACUCUGACGCUGCCGACUCCCCGAGCAGCUCCUCCGCACUCACCUCCCUGCAGUGGGUCGCAGACAUCCUCCCCUCUAGCAUCAAGAUCCAAGGACGGACCUUCACGCAGCAGCUGGAGCAUCUGCUGACCCCCCCUGAGCGCUACACGGUCUGCAAGGCGCUGGAAGGCUUCUUCCAACAUCGGAACAUUGACACUCUCAUUGUGGAUGUGUACCCGGUGCUGGACACACCAGCCAAGCAAGUCAUCUGGCAGUUUAUCUACCAGCUGCUGACCUAUGAGGAGCAGGAGCACUGCCAGCAAAAGAUUGCCAGGUUUCUUGGUUACAAGCCCUUGGCAG